GGAGGCGCAUUUAUAGUGUGGUAGGAGUUUUCAAGUUCCAUGUCCUGUAGGUGGGCGGUGCGUCAGCUGAUGACGUUGGACAACAAAAAUGGCAGGAGGAAGCAGCAACUACUGGGAAGAUUUGCGAAAGCAGGCCAGGCAACUGGAGAAUGAGUUGGACCUGAAGCUGGUGUCUUUCAGUAAACUGUGUACAAGCUACAGCAGCUCCAGAGAUGGCCGUCGAGGAGACAGCAACUCAGAUACUGCUCCCCUCCUCAACAACUCAACGCAGGACAGAAUGUUUGAGACCAUGUCUGGGGAGAUUGAACAGCUUCUGGCCAAACUCACAGGUGUAAAUGACAAGAUGGCUGAGUACACCAGCACCCCGGGGGUGACGUCCCUUAACGCAGCCCUGAUGCACACGCUCCAGAGACACAGAGACAUCUUGCAAGACUACACUCACGAAUUCCACAAAACCAAAGCCAACUUCCUUGCCAUCCGGGAGAGAGAAGAUUUGCUGGGGUCCGUCCGCAAAGACAUUGAGACAUACAAGAGUGGCUCAGGAGUGAACAACAGAAGAACAGAACUGUUUCUGAAGGAGCAUGAACACCUGAGAAACUCUGACCGCCUGAUGGAUGACACAAUAAGGACAAUGAGCCAACCAACCUCCAGGCUGUGUAAGGGUUAUUUGACCACGAAGGAGAGUGGUGGAGUGAAGCAUCAGAUGACAUGGCCUCUACAAUCACCUGACCUCAACCCAAUUGAGAUGGUUUGGGAUGAGUGAAGGAAAAGCAGCCAACAAGUGCUCAGCAUAUGUGGGAACUUCUUCAUGACUGUUGGAAAAUCAUUCCAGGUGAAGCUGGUUGAGAAAAUGCCAAGAGUGUGCAAAGCUGUCAAGGCAAAGGGUGACUCUCAUAUCAUUUUUCUUAACACUUUUUGGUUACUACAUGAUUCCAUAUGUGUUAUUUCAUAGUUUUGGUGUCUUCACUAUUAUUCUACAAUGUUGUGUGCACCUACCCUUGCCACCACUCCUGAAAAAUUACUUAGGGGAAACACUGUGUGUGUGUGCUAGCAGUACAUGCCUCAGUGUUCCUGUGUGCUAAUAUCCACCGGUCCUCAGUGACUCAGCUCCCCCUGUAAUGCUCUCUGCAUUUUAAGUUAAUGUGAAAGCCCCCCCCCCAAUGGAUUUCUCCUUCUCCACACACCUGUCUGUCAAGGUAGUUGCACCUGGGGGAGCUACACACACAAUUGUUGCUCAUAAUCUCUGCUAGAAAAAAGCUGUUUAUAACAUAGCAGAAGUCUUACAGGGUUGAUAUUGUAGGGUGGGUCACCUCUCUUAUUUAACCUAUGUAAACUACCGUUCAAAAGUUAAGGGUCAUUUUAGAAAUGUCUUUGUUUUUGAAAGAAAAGCAAAAAAACAAUAUUGUCCAUUAAAAUAACAUCAAAUUGUUUCGAAAUACGGUGUAGACAUUGUAAAUGACCAUUUGUAGCUUGAAACGGCAGAUUUUUAAUGGAAUAUCUACAUAGGCGUACAGACGCCCAUUAUCAGCAAAAACCUGAGGCAAAAACCUGAGGGAAAAAAUCCAACCAGGAAGUAGGAAAUCUGAGGUUUGUAGUUUUUCAACUCAUUGCCUAUCGAAUACAGUGUCUAUGGGGUCAUAUUGCACUUCCUAAAGCUUCCACUAGAUGUCAACAGUCUUUAGAACCUUGUUUCAGGCUUCUACUAUGAAGGAGGAGGGAAUGAGAGCUCUUUCAAUCAGAUGUCUGCCAUGAGCUGAUAAUGCUCAAUCCAGUGAGAGGUAGCUCCGUUCCUUUUCAUUUCUAAAGACGACAAAGGAAUUCUCCAGUUGGAAUAUUAUUGAAGAUUUAUGUUAAAAACAUCCUAAAGAUUGAUUCUAUACAUCGUUUGACAUGUUUCUACGGACUGUAACUGAACUUUUUGACUUUUCGUCUGAACCUAGUGAUCGCGCCUCAUGAAUUUCGAUUUGUGAACUAAAUGCACGAACAACAAGAAGGUAUUUGGACAUAAAUUAUGGACUUUAUCAAACAAAACAAACAUUUAUUGUGGAACUGGGAUUCCUGGGAGUGCAUUCUGAUGACGAUCAAAGGUAAGUUAAUAUUUAUAAUGCUAUUUCUGACUUCUGUUGACUCCACGUGAACGCGCAUGACCAGCUCAUGCCACUCUGGCAGACCACUGACUCAUUCAGCUCCCAUUUCCCCCCUCCUUCACAGUAGAAGCAUCAAACAAGGUUCUAAAGACUGUUGACCUCUAGUGGAA